CUGCCGGCCGCCGGCGCCUCCCGGGAGGACUUUGUCAUCUGCUCCGUCUGCCUCUUCUGCUUCCAGGUUUGUAUGCUUUGCUCAGUAGGAUAUCAUCUUUUCUGUUGUCACCGCUCAGAGAAGACCAGCCGACGAUGGAUGGCAUUAGAUUACGCGGGAAUUUCCAUUGGUAUCCUGGGCUGCUAUGUGUCAGGCGUGUUUUAUGCAUUUUAUUGUAAUAACUACUGGCGUCAGGUAUACUUAAUCACUGUGCUGGCAAUGAUCUUGGCAGUAUUCUUUGCUCAGAUUCAUCCCAGUUACCUCACACAACAGUGGCACAGACUGCGCUCCAUCAUCUUUUGCUCAGUGUCUGGAUACGGAAUUAUCCCCACUAUCCACUGGGUUUGGCUCAACGGUGGCAUUGGUGCAUCUAUUGUACAGGAGUUUGCUCCACGUGUAAUUGUCAUGUACUUCAUCGCUGCUGUAGCUUUUCUCUUCUAUAUUUCCAAAGUUCCAGAAAGAUACUUCCCAGGACAGUUGAACUACCUCGGCUCGAGCCACCAAGUAUGGCAUAUCCUCGCAGUGGUGAUGCUGUAUUGGUGGCACCAAUCCACAGUGUACAUCAUGCAAUAUCGACACAGCAAGCCCUGUCCUGAGUACAGCGCAGACUUAGGCACUGCGAUGAAAUGUCUGACUUUGAGCAUCUGGACCUUGCCUCAUGAGCUGAGCUAUGAAGUUAAGGAUGGAGGCAGUUCCUUUUCUAACUUCUGGACUGUUACCCGCUUGCUGGGACAUUAUAUCAUUAGGAGGGUUUGA